CACCUCAACCUAUACUGCAUUAUUUUGGUAACUUUUUCAUCGAGCCACCAUUUGUGUGUCGUUCGUUAGUUUCAGAAAUUACAGCAAAUAGGCGGUCCAUUCCCAUUCCUUGAUGACACAAAAUGAAAACCCACUUUCCCCUAGAAAGCACACAUGUAAUUGGAUGAAAUUUGGGGAGAACAAACUUUCAAGGUCAUGUGGAGCCCACUCUGCAGAUUUUUCAUGAUUGGUCAUCAUCACUCCAAGGGAAAAUCAGAUCUAAAAAUACUUGUCACAACUGCCCUCUCUCAAUCUGGUGAUUAAUCAGAAGAAAGGAUAUAUAUUUAUAUAUUAUUACAAGAUGUAAGCGGUUGUGUGCCUUCAUGAAUGCUGUUUAAUCAUCCAAUUUGUCUGGUCUAGGGAAGUCCAUCGUCAUCUGCUUUACAGCAAAAUCCUGGACAAACUACAUUAAGCCAUUUACAAUUGGUGGUACGAAGAUUCCGCCUCAUCUGCCAAUUCGGCCAGGUGUCCCUGUAUGGGGAUGAGUCUAUACUGAUCUGACAUGCCUUAAAUAUUAUUAAGUUUUCAGUUUUGGGUAAAAUCUUCAUUGGGGACAUGUGAAACACAGUUUCCCACUAGACCCAUUUGUCAUAGGAAUCAUUUUAGUAGAGAUCCACCUUUAUAAGUUUCAGUACAGUAGGGAUUUUUUAUCAUAUCCGUUUCUUAUAAUGUCUCAGUACAGAGAGUUUCUUAUUAUCCCCAGUUUUGAUAGGGUUGGUAGAAUUUGGAUUCUGAUGAUACUAUGUUCUCACAAGUUUCAGUAUAAUUAGGUCUUUUGGGGUUAAGCCGACGGAUUUUGGAAAUAUCCAUUUCUUAGAGGAAAGUCUUGGUGCAGUUAAGGUUUUCUUAACACCCAACUGUAAGGAGGCUUCGUAUGAUUGUGAUUCUAAUAAUAGGAGCCCUUGUAUUAUCAUUUUGAUAAUAGUCACUCAUAAUUCGUAGCACAGUUAGGAUUUUGGUACAUUUUGUGUUAGGGGGUCAUAAUUUUCAUGUCUGAUGACGAGGAUGAGGCUUAUUCUGCGGUUUGGAUACCCACGCCUUUCUGGGUCGGGUCCUGUUCACUGGGAUUUUUAGCAGACAGUUUUUCAAUUCAGAUAUGGAGUCAGCGAGCUCAUUUUUGCAAGGAAUAGCGGGGAGAUUGUAAGUGGGGAAAGCUACUUCAGUGUCUACAAAGGAAAGGUUUGUAUUGGAUGCCUUAGGUGCCGAAGAUUGGAACUUAUUGAGAAAAGCUUUUGAAAGCAACUUCAACUUAGAUGAUUUGUUUUACUUCCUGUUUUCUCUAAGACAAGAUAUCUAAGGAAUUACAAUUCCAUGGGAUAGAGCUAAAGGGUGCAAACUUCCUAUUGAGGAGUUGCAUGUAUCUAUUGUGAAUAUUGGUAUUUCAUUUAUCAUGGCCGAUGAAGAUGCUACCGCAAUAAAAAUAUUGGGGGAUCGGUCCACGAGUGAUGUAAUUGUCAGAUUGAGGACAAAGGAUGGGAGAGAUGAUUGGUUUUAUUGCCAUUCAGAGAUUCUUGUAAAACAUAGCAAGUACUUUGCUGAGCGUCUUUCGGAUGAUUGGCCCACAUGUCAACUUCUGGAUUCUCGAAAUUGUAUUGAAGUUUACUUUGAUGAAUCUGAUUUUGAUCAUCAUGUAAAUAUUUUAAGGUUGUUUUAUGCUGCUGAUAAUCUUGUUACAGAUUUGUGGCAAAAUGUAAAGAAUGCUCUUGGCAUUUUGAAAGUAGCUACAACACUUGGUUGUGCCCAAAUAAUUUCUAAGUGUGUCCAAUAUUUAGAGGCUGUUCCUUGGGAGGAAAAUGAAGAAGAGGAGGUUAUAAAAUCUCUUCCAAGUUUAGGUUCAGAAGCCAUCCCCAUUCUUGCGAGACUUCAACCAGUUGAUCCAACUGCAGUGAGAAAUGUGUUCCUCUCUGCAAUGCAUGUUGCUCUUUCAGCAAACAAAAGAUACUUCGAUUUGCCAACUUCUCCAGAUGAACUUAAAACAUCUGCACAAGAGCAGGUAGAGUAUAUGCUCAUAGAGGAUGAUGAUGCACCUCUUCUUGCAGCAGAUGAGCAUGUGAAAUAUGAAGUAAAAAAGCAUAUUGUGGAGUUGUUUACCAAUUUUGAAAAGGAAAUGGCAUCCUUGUUGUCUGAGACAGAUGUUAUAGAGGACUCUGAAAGUCGUGUUCUAAAAUUUUUGUCUGAUUUGUUAUGGCUGUGUCAUAUUUUGCCUAAGAUGGAUCUGCUUAGUGAUUUUGUCAGCAAGUGGGAAGAAGCUUCAGAUUAUAUUCUUAGAAUAAUUCAGGAUAUAAGAUUUGGCUCAGCCAUGUGGGAAACGAAGCUGAAGGUUAUAGAGAUAACUGCAAAGGUUUUGGAGGCAGUUGGCUAUGGAAAUGUUAUACUUUCUGCUCCAAGGCGAACCCAUUUGGUGAAGGUUUGGCUGCCCUUUAUGAGGGAGACAAAGCCACAACUUGACUUACAAAAUUUUCAUGAGAAAUUGCCUUACGAAAUGGAUAACGACCUUUUUCAGAGCAUAGAAUCUGCAAUCAUUUCACUGGUACUGGCAUUGCCUUCUAUUGAUCAAGCAGAAAUUUUGGCAGAUUGGCUCAAGACGGAGCAAGCAAGAUACCCAGAUUUAAGUGAAGCAUUUGAAGUGUGGUGUUACAGAUCCAAAGCAGCCAAGAGGAGACUGUCUUUAGGUUUAAAUGGUGUUAGCAGUACCUCUACGGUGAGCAGUGUUGGCCAUUAAUGGCAAUCUAUUCUAUUUAAACUUUGAUUUUUGAUGUUGUAAAAGUAAACAAUCUAGCCAACAGACAUUGUGGUUUUGUACUGUAGAGGUCACAUUUAUGUUGUAACUCCAUGGGGUUGGUGAUCAAUUUCAAGCUGAAAGCUUGUUCUUUUUACCACCACCAUCUGCCUAUCCCACUUUCCAUUCACCAACAAAAGUAUCCGAGACACUCUUUCUUCUUCAUGAAAUAAUUCAUGGACAGGAACCGUUGGCAAGAAGUAUUUGGUUGAAUCUAGAUUAGGGCUCUAUUGAACUCAAAAGUCAUUCUGAACAGAACUUUAAUGAAGCCCUUAAAUUAUGUGGUA